GUGUGGAAAAAACUGAGGCAAGGAGAACAGGGGAGAAGGAGAGAAAGGGAGCGCCUGGGCAGCACUGCAACAGCUGCAGCCGCAGCAGCCUGUCGGAAGGACGGAGGGAAAGAAGGCAGAGGGAAGAAAGAGAAGGCUGCAGGAUUGCCUUAAAGGAAACAUAUUUUUUUUUGCACAGGAAGAAGGGUUUGUGUAAGGAAGCCUUAUUUCUCCCCACUCAUGCUUUUCUAUAUGGUCUCAUGCAGGGGGCAUGCUUGGAAAUAGUGUGAAAGGCAGAGAAGGAGAUUUGAAAAUGGAAAGGACGGAUAGCACAAAGGCAUACGGCCAAGCAGAUGGCAAAGGAGUUGGUAUGGCAGCGAAGAGGGUAAAGUCUGGAGUGCCCCAGAGCACGCAGCGGGGAGAGCUGAAGGUUUACCGGGUGGGUAGCUCCGAGGGCAGGAUACCGGUGCCAUCCAACCUCCGCAAGCAGAGGUCUAUGACAAACCUGGCUGUGCUGACCGAUGCCGAGAAGAAGUUGCAUCUCUAUGAGCCAAAGUGGUGCGAUGACAUGGCCAAACCAGGAGCAGGGCAGACGAAGAUGGGCAAGCCAAAGACAGCAGGAGGUGGCCCCGGUGCCGGAGGGGUUUCCCCUCUCUCUCGAAACCUUUCCAAGUCGGAACAUUCGCUGUUCCAGGGCAAACCCAAGCCUUUCAGCCCUCUGGCUGCUCCCUCUGCCCUGAGCAAGCAGAGCCGCAUACCUCGUGGUCCUUAUGCCGAGGUGAAGCCCCUGAGCAAAGCACCCGAGGAUGGAAAGUCAGAUGACGAGAUCCUCUCCAGCAAAGCAAAGGCCAACGCUAAGAAACAGGGGGCUGGAGCUGGAGGGGAGUCCGGUUCCAAAGGCCAGGGGGAGGAAGGGGGAGACAAAGCCUUCCUGAAGGUGGACCCAGAGCUGGUGGUGACAGUGCUGGGCGACCUGGAACAGCUGCUCUUCAGUCAAAUGUUAGACCCCGAGUCUCAGAGGAAACGGACGGUGCAGAAUGUCCUCGACCUUCGCCAGAAUUUGGAGGACACCAUGUCGAGCCUGCGGGGGUCCCAGCUCAGCCACAGCUGCCUGGAAAGCAGUAACGUGGGAUAUGACAGUGACGAGACCAACGCCCGCAGCAUGUCCAGCAUGUCCAACCGCUCGUCCCCCAUCUCCUGGCGCCACGGCCAGUCCAGCCCCCGGCUCCAGGCGGGCGACGCCCCGUCCGCCACAGGUGGCGGGUACCAGGGGAGCAAGGCUGCCUCUCAGUACACGGCCCACACGAUGCCGGCUCGCACCCCGGGCCGCCUCAGCAGCGCCUCCCGCAUCGAGCUCAUCGAAAGCCUGGACGACGGCGACCUUAAGUCCGGUUAUCUGAGCGACAGUGACCUUCUGGGGAAGAGCCUGCCGGAUGACGAUGACGACAACCUGGCUAACGGCUGGGACGAGAGCAGCUCCAUAAGCAGCGGCCUCAGCGACGGCGAUGGUUCGGACAACCUCAGUUCAGAGGAGUUCAACGCCAGCUCCUCGCUCAACUCCCUCCCGACCACGCCCCUGGGCUCCAGACGCAACUCCUCUGUCAUGCUCCGCACUGAUGCAGAGAAGCGCUCCAUGGUGGAAAGUGGACUGUCUUGGUACAGCGAGGAUGGCAAAGUCAUCCACAAGCUUGAUACCUGCAGCUAUGAAACGGGGAGUCUCAAGACAGAGGCCCCGAGCAAGUGGAGGAAGAAGCCUCCAAGCCUCAGUGAAGAUCCAGGGAGUAGAGGGGAACUGAAGAAGCCGCAGAGUUUGGGUCAACCAGGGAGUUUCAGGAAGGGUCGUAAUCCCCCUGUGGGCGUCACCUCCCCCAUCACCCACACAUCUCAGAGCAUGCUCAAAGUCGCAGCACCUAAAAGUGAGAGGCCACUCGACAAAUCCAAGAUGUCCAUCAAAACUGCUGGUCUGCAACGGUCUCGCUCCGACGCCGGCCGGGAUCAUCUUGGCGAGCACCGCAAGCCUCCAUCAGGUUUAGUCAAACCCUCUGCUGGAGCCUCCUUUGGGUAUAAGAAGCCACCAAUAGCCACCGGCACCGCCACUGUUAUGACAGCAGGGGGCACCACCAUCUCCAGUGGCUCCGCUACCGUGGGGAAAAUGCCCAAGUCCUCCUGCAUCCCCAUGAAGCCCGUGGGAGGAGGGAUACCAACGGGUCGGAAGAACAGCUUUGAUGCCAGCAGCGAGCAGAGCUUCCCGGGGCCAAUUGCCCGAAACAGCCUUCAAUACCGCAGCCUGCCUCGCCCGGCCAAAUCCAGCACGUUUAGUGUGAUUGGUCGCCCGUCAGCUCGGCCUGUCAGCAGCACUAUUGACCCCGGCCUGUUGAGUUUGAAGCCUGUGCCCAUGGCCUCCGCGGGCCCCAGGGUCAAAGAGCUGAGUAGCUGCGGCACUAAGAUGUCUUCUCGAACCAGCACAGGCCCGGUGAACCAGACAGACCGAGAGAAGGAGAAGGAGAGGGCCAAGGCGAAGGCGGUGGGCGCUGACAUGGACUGCGGCUCUCUGAAGGGUGACGACACUCGGUCUGGGACUUCAGGGGAGUCCACUGUCAAACUGCACGGCCUGAGACGGACCAGCAGCGGCAGAUACCCUGAGCUGUCAUCACCCACCACACCAAGAAUGCUGCACACGAAAACUCUGGGUCGCCCCCCCAGCCUGGCUCACAUGGACAAGGUCAACUCGAACAGUCUUGACUCCUGCAUGACCAUUCAUGACCUCCCCCCCAAAGUCCCCCCGUACUCCAAGCUUCAGGACCUGGCUGGUUCCCACACCCCCGGCCGCCUCACCCCGAGCCCAGCGCCCAUCCUGCACAUCGAUUCCCCCAGCUCCUACACCAGUGACAGCCUGAGCCGGAGCGGAUCCCCACUGCUCUACCCCAAGCUGAUGCACCGCAGCAUGGAGUCCCUGCCCCUGACGAUGAGCGUCCCCUGCAGCUCGAGGUUUCUCACUGCUGAGAGGCACGAGAAGCCGGAGAGGACCACAGGGACCUGGGGGGCCGGGAGCAGAACGUCCCUCAACCUCACUGAUAGCUUGCAAGCGGACAGGAACACCUUGCCGAAGAAAGGCUUAGAACGCUACGGCUCGAGCCUGUCGGACAGUGAUGGAAGCAAACCGGGCAGGCGCCACUCCCACACCAUAGCUGGCAUGACGGAGAGCGACAGCCCCCCCCAGCUGCCCUCUCCCACCCGCUUGCUCCACCCCUCGUCCGGCAAGGCUCCUCUCACCAACGUGGUUGCCCCAAUUUCCAGCGGCUCUCCGAGGAUCUCGCGCUCGAACAGCAUCGGCCCCCCCGGUGACUCAGCCUGUGAUCUGUUCGGAACCUCCCCCCUGGGCAGCAGUCUGUCGCUGGCUGACCGGCCAAAAAGCAUGAUGCGGUCGGGGUCUUUCCGGGAACCGGGGGACGAUGUCCAUGGCUCUGUACUGUCUUUGGCAUCCAAUGCUUCAUCCAACUAUUCCUCGAAUGAGGAGAGGAUACAAGGGGAGCAAAUCCGGAAGCUGAGGCGCGAGCUGGAGUCCUCCCAGGAAAAGGUUGCCAACUUGACAAUGCAGCUCUCUGCCAACGCCAAUCUGGUGGCAGCAUUCGAGCAGAGCCUGGCGCUGAUGACGGCGCGCCUGGAGACCCUGUCGGUCUCCUCGGACCAAAAGCCACUCAGCCCGACCGGCCAGCCGAGCGCAGAGAGCCCCUCCACAAAUCCCCACCUCCGAAGCAUCUUGGUUCAGUUACCCUUCUACGAGCUGACAGGAGGUCAUAUCGAUGUUUCUGCUCUUCAGGACUCGGAGCUCACCGAGCUAAAGGAGACCAUCGACAUUCUGAAGACUCAAAACACAGAGGCCCAAGAAAUCAUUCACGGGGCUCUCAGUGAUGCAGACAUCACGCCCAAAGAGCUGGUGAUCAAUCGGCAGAACUCGUCGGAGAGCAUCUCCAGCCUGGCCAGCACCACCAGCCACUCAAGCAUGGGGAGUCUGAAAGAGCAGGAGGCCAAGAAGAAGAAGAAGAAGAGCUGGUUGCGCAGCUCCUUCAACAAGGCCUUCAGUAAGAAGGGUUCCAAGCCGUCGGGGCCGUACGCCGACAUCGAGGAGAUCGCCACCCCAGAAUCCUCUGCACCUUCCUCCCCCAAGGUCCACCAUAUCAGUGACGAUCCCUCAGCCACCAUAAGAUCCUCGACCUCUGCAGCAUCAUCCGGACUGUGUGAAGGAGGCGAUGAGGAGGCGGAUGACAAGGUCGUGGUAGGGCUGCGUACAGAGCUGUGGCAGAAGGAACUAAAACUGACAGACAUCCGCCUGGAAGCUCUGAGUUCUGCUCAUCAGCUGGAGCAGCUGCAGGAGGCCAUGAACGGCAUGCAGAGGACAGUGGAGAACCUGAAGGCUGAGAACGACCACCUGAAGACGGGUACUCUGUCCCCCUGUCCGUCCCCCGGACCCUCCAGCUCCGUGUCCCAGUCCUCAGGUCUCGCCACGUUCGAAGGUUCCUCGCCGCGACAGUCGGUGGCCUUGCAAAUGCCAAAAAGCUUCAGCAGAGGGCUAAGUGAAGGGAGCUCAGACGUCCACGCUGCAGAGUCCCUCAGCCUUUCCUCACAGAGGGACGAUCACCGUGUCCGGGUGGUGGUUUGUGUCGCGGACCUGCACGUCUUCAAAGAUGAGGUGAAACAACAGGAUUUCUUCGCGGGCACCGUCCGGGUGAACGGCAGGAUGGACUGGACCAUGCUGGACUCGGCCGUCAGUCAGGCUUUCAAGGUGUACAUAACCAAAGUUGAUCCCACCUCCAGCCUGGGCCUCUCCACCGACUCCAUUUACAGCUACAGUAUGGGCCACAUCAAGAGGGUGCUCGGAGGAGACGCCCCUGAGACGCAACCCUCUCGCUGCAUGUCCCGAGCCCCCAGCAGCAUCACCGUGUCUCUGAAAGGUUUAAAGGAGAAGUGUGUGGACAGCCUGGUAUUUGAAACGCUCAUUCCCAAACCAAUGAUGCAGCACUACAUCAGUCUGCUGCUCAAACACCGCCGCCUCAUCCUGUCCGGACCCAGCGGGACGGGCAAGUCCUACCUGGCCUCCCGGCUGGCCGAGUACCUGGUGGACCGCAGCGCCCGCGAAGUCACCAGUGGCAUCGUGGUCACUUUCAACAUGCACCGCCAGUCGUGCAAGGAUCUGCAGCUUUAUCUUUCCAACCUGGCCAAUCAGAUUGAUCGUGAAACCAGCAGCUCAGACAUUCCGCUGGUGAUCAUUCUCGACGAUGUUCACAAUCCUGCCUCCAUCAGCGAACUUGUGAACGGUGCUCUCACCUGCAAAUAUCACAAAUGUCCCUACAUUAUUGGAACAAGCAACCAGCCAGUGAAGAUGAUUGCGAACCAUGGACUUCACCUCAGCUUCAGGAUGGUGACCUUCUCCAACAACGUGGAACCAGCCAACGGCUUCCUGGUGCGAUACUUGCACAGGAAGAUGAUGGAGUCGGAGAACGAGAGGAACCUGACCAACGAGGACCUGAUCAAGGUGUUGGACUGGGUCCCCAAACUCUGGUAUCACCUGCACGCCUUUCUGGAGAAGCACAGCACAUCAGACUUCCUCAUUGGUCCGUGCUUUUUCCUGUCAUGUCCGGUCACAGUGGAUGAGUUUCGAUCGUGGUUUAUUGAUCUUUGGAACCACUCUAUUAUCCCGUACCUGCAGGAGGGGGCCAAGGACGGCAUCAAGGUGCACGGCCAGAAGGCGGUGUGGGAGGACCCGGUGGAGUGGGUGAGGGGGACUCUGCCUUGGCCGUCUGCCCAGCAGGACCAGGCCAAGCUGUUCCACCUUCCUCCCCCCAGCAUCGGCUCCAGCAGCCCCGGUCAGCCCCUCGAGGAGAGGCCCCACAAGGAGACUCCACCCAGCUCCAUGGAAUCCGAUCCGCUGAUGGCAAUGCUUUUGAAACUUCAAGAGGCUGCCAAUUACAUUGAAUCCCCAGACAGAGAAGAUCCUAGUCUGCCUAAACUUUGAACACAGAGCCCCACAUCACACACUCAGCACUUCGGAUCUUAUUUUUCUGUACGCUGCACGGACACAGUGCACAUUCAGGAACGUGUGAACCCUCGGAAAGUGGUUGUCGGGGCGGGGGGGGAUUUAAACUCUUAUUUCCACAGUAGGUUAACAGUGAAACUGGGUUAUUACAGAUCCUUUUAAUAUGUGCAGUAUUUUCAAAAACUGUUCAAGCGUUGAAUGAAAACUUAUAUAUUCUAAAACUUCAUUCCAUAUUUAACCCUUCAUUAGCCCUCCGUCGUGUCAGAUCGGUGCUAAUAGAUCACCAGGAAUCUCCUCGUCUCAGCACUUAAACUUCAGGGCAUCAUUGUAAAGAUUGUAAAUAGGUCGGCGUUCUGGAUGCGGCAACAAUCAUUGAGGAGGAGAAAAAAAGAAUAUCACUGACAGAAAGGUUUAUUUCUUCAGAGUUGGGUCCAAUACAUGGAUAAGGCUUGUUUGUCUGAAGACUUUCAUCCACCUAUCACUGUUUGUUGGAAUCAAUAAAAUUCAUGUUAUAUUUAU